AUGGGGCUUGCUGCUGCUGCUGCUGCCAGUGAUGGAGGUGGCGGACAUGGCAGGAGGGGUGGCGAUGAGGUGAUAGAGGGUGGUGUUGGAGUUGGUGGAGUUGGUGAGACGGGAGAGCGUGGUGGUGGUGGUGGUGGUGGUAGGGCACGUCUGGGUGGUAGUGGUGGUGAUGGUAAUGGUGACCAUGGCGACGACGAUGCCGAUACAAUAAGUCUGGGGUUUGCGUUUACAUAUCCAACUGAUCUGCGAUCGCAAUUCGGUGUGGAUGGCGAAUGCGACGUAGGUGGUGUAGCUGACAGCAGAGAGCCAUGCGGUGACAUUGAUGACGGAUGGGAUGCAGGGGAUGCCUGCUGCGGCUGUUGA